GAAACUACAAGGCCGAUAGAAUGAUGAUUAUUGCGCCAUCUGACGGCGCGCGCGACAUUAAGUUUAAGUUACGUCAGGUUAGGUAAGGAAAUUCCGCGAACGAAGCGGAGUCGCGGAGUCUGCGCAUCCGUUCGGAACAGUCGCGGCGAAAACCUCGACGAGGCUGAAGACGUAAUUGUCUCAUAAACGAAUACGAAGAGUGAACUCGAGCUAGUCGCGUUCGCGCGACCGCUCCAAUUUCGCGGAUUCGUUCGCGAUGACCGGGAGAGCGUUGCGCAGCGUCGUCGCGACGCCGCGAUAGCGAGCGCUGUCUGAGAGGAGCGUGAACGUCGCUAGCAACAUUCGUGUCAACCGUCGAGGGACACAUGGAUGCGACCAACGGACAGAAGUCCCACGCGGGACAAUCCUCCACUGGAGCAGCACCCACUUCUUCCGACAAGGGUAAGGAGUGGCAAAUGGAGCUGCUGAUGGAGAAAUUGCGUUCCAAGGCUUCCACAUUUAAGCCUUUGGUGGAGACGGCCAAGAACAUGCGUAUGGCCAUGGAUAAGCGAUUCGCGAUUGACAGUAUAGAGAGGAAUCAGUUACAGAAGUGCUUGGACACUCUACAACAUUCUAUCAAAGUCACUUCCUUUCAGUCCAUGGUAGAGCGUUUAGAAAGCUUAGCGAGACAAUUAGGAUUAAAGUUCAUGAUGUCUGGUCCUCCAGGCACAGAAAUAUUCAUAUCUUCCGACAUGUUCUUCUUGGAAGUUUUGUUGGAGCCAUCAGGACUUGUUAGAGAUGUAAAAAUUCAUCAUGAGGGAAAAAGUGAACAACAGAGCUGCGAAGCACUCGCAUCGGCUUUGUCGCGAGGUGACUUUGUCGACUUCACUACGCAAUUGGAAGGAUUGGCGUCGAUAUAUCAGCUGAACGCUGAUAAGAAAGUAAAGUGCAAGGCAUUCAGCGCUCUACAAUCUCUUGAGGCUGAUUUAGGUGUUUUGGCACAACUGCAAACGUUUAUGAAAGAACCGUUCAACCUGGUUCACAAGAGUCCCGUCGGAAUUCUGGAAAGAAGAAGAGGCGGCCAUCCGAUGAAAUUGACAUAUUUCGUUUCACCAUAUGAUUUGAUCGAUGAAGAGAAUCGAACAUACGACGCUUUAAAUCCCGAUGUCAUCAUUAAACGAAAAAUCGGUCAUUCAGUGACCGUUUGUAUGGAAGGUUCGGUAGGUCACAAACUACCUACAUCCAGUAUUAUAACUGUAAAUAGAAGCUCCACGGGCAAAAGUACGCCUUCAUACGCUCCGUUGACCAGCACAAAUUCCUCCAUGUUACCUGCAUGUUUCGUGCUGAAACUCGGCAAAAAAAUGCCAAUCUGCAUGGAGUUGGUGAGAAGAAUACAGAAAGUUACGGAACUCGAAUGCGGUGAUAUCUCCGCGCCACAUCCGAUGCUCAGUCUGAUAAUACAACACGCAAGUGAUGGUCAAUUAGACUGUCGCAAUAACAGGGGUCUAUAUGUGACCUUACCGGAUCAGCAGCAUUGCUAUUUUAUGACAGAGAACAAAAACAUGGAAGGUGUGCUAGUAUGCAGCGUUCCAUUCACGCAUCCUGCGCAUGUGCCGCAGAUCCUGGUGUACUUGCGACAGCAGGCGCUAUUUAACUGUCUGAUCGCGAGCUGCGUACGACCUAUGGCACGUCAGGAUCCCGAACAUACAACCAUACUCGAAGUAAGCGCUCUUUCGUGGCAGCACAUCAGCGUAAGCGUGGAGCAUCCAUAUGAGGAGACGAUGGCUACUGCAGAGCUGGACUUGACAGAUAUAUCGGCGCUCAAGUGUCGGUUAUAUGGUGUAAGCAUGACGACGAACGCGGAACAAACGUCGGAUCUCAGUGGCAGGGUAUUACAACGCUGUCUCAGCAUACCAUUGACUAUGCGAAUGUUACUAAAGAUCUGGGAGGGUCGUUCUUUGCCCGCGGUAAUGAACAAUUUAACUGGUGGCAGCAGUAGCGGCAACGGAAGCUACAAUCUCAAUCUAGGAUCCGGCGGUAAAGAUCAAACCGGACAGAAUGGCACCGCAUCUAGCAUGCCAGACUUUACGAACGGCGAGACCAAGAUAAAGCAAGAACCCGGUUUGAACAAUGGCAGUAAUGGUUGCAUGGGUGGCAGACAAACUCAACAGCAACAGCAACAAUCGCAUCAAUUACAACAACAACAGCAACAGCAGUCUUUUUUAGAUGCCGGAACGGAAAAUAGUAUCGGUUUUCCGUCGUAUUCCGGCCAAUCCGAUACGACGACGAUGACGAUGACAUUGGGCGCCGCUGGAGCAAACAAUACCACCGCUUCCAUGUUAAAUCCAUUGCAACUGGGUGCGCUGCUGGGACAAGCGAAGAACUCCCUUACGGGUAAUUCGAACUCGAACGAACGCGGCAAGAAAACGCGAAAGAGGAAGACUGGUACCGAUGGUAUGUGGCGUAGUCCGAAACGAAAGGGUGACGGUGGAAGCGUAGAUAGUGGCGCCGGUGCAGAAAUUUUAUUAGAGAGUUCGAGUUCGGAGAAUUCAACGCCACUGGGAACUCCCACCGGUGGCAGGGAGAAUCUCACAUCGGAAACUAGGACGUCUACGCCGACCUCAGCCAUCAGUUUGGCGAGUGGCAUGGAUUUCUCAAAUCUGGAUACUACCGAUAUAAUCGGUACCGAUAAAAGCGCCUCAGAUUAUGAUCUCGACAACUCGGAGAGAGAUAGUGAAGUCGUGGAGGUGCAACAGAAUAACGCGGAACAGCAGCAGCAGGAGAUAGAAGAAUUAACAAAGACACGCGAGUCCUCAUCGACGCGCAAGUCAAAAAAGAGCCGAAGUAGCGGCGGUAGCGAGGAAAAAAAGUCGAGUCCGACGAACAUAUUCGUCGACGAAACGUCGACGAAUACAAAUAAUAGCAAUAAAAGUCUCCCGGUGCCACCAUCAGUAAGUAUCACCCCUAUCUCAUGCGGUAAUCUGGAUCAAGCGAGCGCUACCAACUAUAAUUCUGUAUUGACGGGUAUGGGUUUGGAAAGGAGGCCUGGCAUUGAAAUCAUACCCAUCACCUCUUCGCCAUCGCAGACCAGUCUACCAAGUUCGAUCACUAUCACACCGAUCACCGGACCAGCUCCCUCGCCGAAGACUGGCGGCCUAACGACAAGUGCGACGGAAGAACGUCAGCGAAGCGAACGAAAGAGCGGCGGAAAAAGUAGCGGCAGCAGUAGCAGCGGCAAAAGCAGCUCUGAGGAUAAUAACAAGAGCGGUGCAAACAAGCUGGAGAAGCGGCGGAAGCGCAAACGGGAAGACAGUCCAAUGGGCCCGCCGGAUAAAGUCCCAUCGGGUGGCAAACAGCAGCAGGAUCCGCUCUCGAAACCGGUGUCAGUGACCAUCAAACCUAGUACCGAGCAAUCACCGCCUAGUAGUGGCGGCCUGAGCUGCCCGUCAUCGCGACCCACUUCACCCGCGGCGGUGAGAAAGUUCAGCCCAUCGCCGACGCAUCCGAGUUCACUAGCCACACUUGUAGGUAAAUCCAGCCCUACCUUGAAGGCAAGUCAGUCGGCGGCAGGUGUAGCCUGCGGUGGCAAAUCGGUGCAAAGUCCGAAGCACUCACCCGUCUAUAGCAGUAGUCCGAAGCACAAUACACCGAACGUGGUACCAGUGGUACCUAUGUCGGUUCCAAUGUCGCUGUCUGUCUCCACGAUACCCAAUACAAUACCGUCUGUCGCGGUGUCCGUGCCGGUACCGGCAAAUGCAAGUCCGAAACACGGCAGUAUCUCGUCUCCGAAACAUGGAAGUUCAGCUGCUAGCAGUGGCAAACCCAGUAUGUCCGCCUUGAAGUCGGCGGCAAAUUCCCCAUCCAGCAAGAGCAGCAGUUCCUCCGAUGCGACGGCGACUCCUUCCAAAAUCAAGUCCUCCUCCUCUUCGUCCUCCGGCAAGGAUUCUUCCGGUCGCGGAGAUAAAGAGAGACGAGCAUCGUCUGUCGGCUCGUCUGGCGGCUCGGCCAGCGGUCAUCAGAGUCCCAAGACUAAGUCGUCGUCAUCCAGCGUGAAACUGAAGCAAUUGGAGAUGAUUCCACCCGGCGAAGCCGCUCAGGUGUCUUCUUUGUCCGCUGGCAAUAGCGGCGGUAAUACCCCGCCUUCCGGGCAAGGCGACGCAGCGAGUAAGUCAGCGAUCGCUGCCCAGCAGGCGCGGAAUCGCAAGAGCUCCCUCAAUGCCGUGAUCGAUAAGCUGAAGAACGCGCAGCACUGCACCGAACCCGAUGGCUGUGGUAACGGCAGUGGCAGCAACGCGAAGAGCAGCGCGUCCACCAGUCUUGGCGGUAAUGGGGGAAUAAGCGGGCAGAAAGAGAAGAGCAUCAGUGGCGGCUCGUCGAGCGGUACCAAGAAUGUCGAGGGAGGAAAAUCCUCUUGUGUUACGAAGAAUUCCGCGGAUACGAAGAAUCCCGAAUACAUGGUGAAGCACAGCUCGGACGGCAUCAAAAUUACCAUCAACAAAACCCGCACCAAAGACUCCAAGCAGUCGGCUGCUAAUCAGAAAUUAUCAUCGUCGUCAUCCUCGUCAUCGGCUACGAUGGCGGCCGCGACUUCAUCUUCGGGCACUUCGUCGUCUUCCAUGGCUUCCUCGUUAUCGCUCUCGUCGUCUGGUAACGUCAUUAGUGGCAGUAAUGGUUCGCCGAAGACGCAUACGGGACUCAAGCCCGGCGUAAACUCCGGACCGGCGUCGAAGAAGCCGCAAACGCUGCAGACUCCGCAGAAGCUGCUGCCCACAAAGAUGAUGCUGGCCACCGGCGGUUUGAAGUCGUCCACUUCGAGCGUCAUGAAUACGGGCAGUGGCACUAGUAUGUCGGGAGUGACCACGUCUGGGGGAAAUCCUCUGUCGAAAAGCGGUUCGUCUUCCAAGACCGGUUCGCCGAAGACGGGUGGUUCCAUGGCGACUGAUUUGAGCCGCGGUCGCGAUAAACCGAGAAUCCCCAAGUCCGACAAGGGAGUAUUUGCGUCGAAGAGCCUCGGCGAUGCGAGGAAGUCGAGUCCGUCCGCCCUGCGCGAGGAGAGCGACAGCGAGCGCGCGUUCAAGUUACUGGCCGCGCAUGCGUCUAAUCUGCCGCCGAGUCUGCCGCCUCAGCUGGUGAUGGAAGGUCUGAUGAAGCAGCUGGACACCAAGUUUCAAAUACCAAAGCUGUCGGCUCGCGCGAACGUCGCGGAUGGCGCCGACAAGAAGUCAUCGGACAAGCUGGCGAUGCUUCCCGAUUCCGCCAAACAAACUCUCGAUGGUCUAAAGCAGGAAUCGGGCAAGCUAGCCGGACUGUCCAAUGUUCCCACGUCGAAGUCGUCGCUGCCAGACGAUCAAUCGAGACGGGACCAUCCGCAGACGAAGCCGGAUAAUUUGUCGAUCGGCACCACCGCUGCAGGCGCGAUGUCCCUGAAUCUCAUCGGAGAAAAUGCCAGCGGUCUUAUGCUACCCCCACAAACAGCCGUUGACUCGGAUGUGCCUACGAAUCUAUGCAUUCAACCCAUGAUGGACAACGAUUCGUCCCGCAACGAGUCCUGCAAGGAACUCGGAAUCAGGCAGACCUCGACCGGCCAGCAGUAUCUCCUUGGCAAGAUCGACGACGCGAGCGGCAAUGGAGGUGGAAUUCUAUCCAAGAGUAACAUCCCCGAUCAACUGGCCUCGUCCGCAAAGUCUUACACGCCGAGUUCCAGCGUCUCGGCCGCCUCGUCGAGCGGCAGUUCCAUCGUCGCCGAGAGUUUAAAUCUGAGUACCAAGUCGUUCGAGCAGAUGACUCAGGUCAAGUACAACAAGAUCGCCGAGGAGAAGAAGCCGCAGCAGACGACGUGCGGUGCGUCGUCCUCGUCCUCCUCCUCGUCGUCGUCGAUCUUCUCAUCGUUGAGCGGCGUCGCGACGUCAUCCGACGAUAAUCCCAACGUCGUGAUGACGUCGGGAUCCGACGGUAGCGGCGAACAGGAGGCGACAGCGGCGGCGGAGAUGCUGCUGGACUUUUCCGCGGCGAACAAGGACCCGAUGACCAAAGGCGGCCACGGGAUCCCGUCGAGCUUGACCCACCUGACGACGAUACCGGAGCGGGCGAUGUCGCAGGCGGCCCCGGUGGUGCGCCGCAACACGCCGCCACCCCCGCCGCCCCCGCCCCCGCCGCCGCCGCCGCCGUUGCCGGCCCCCUUUCCACCCGCUGCCAGUCCGUCCGUCAGCGUGCACAUCGUCAAGAGCCCGGCCCCGAGUCCUCGCGUCAUUCCGCCCUCUCCUCAUUCCUCCGCGUCGCCCUGCAUCACCGACGACGAGCUCAUGGACGAGGCGCUGGUCGGUAUGGGUAAAUGAAGUUUACUUAAGUUGUAAUGGGGAGCGUGCAUUCUUGCUCUCUUUCUCUCUUUCUCCCUUUCUCCCUUUCUCCCUUUCUCCCUUUCUCCCUCAAGAUGUUCUCAGACGAUUCGUAAUUCGUGUCGAAAUUCAAGACAGAAUUCUAUUUAUAGAAUUAUGUAGGAAAUACUCGCACACAUGUAAAAUACAUGGAAAUCAAAAUAUGUAUCAAAAUACAUACACACAUACACAUAUAUGUGUAUGCAUACGUAUAUGUACACGUUAAACAUGUGAAUAAAAUUGUAAAUAGAA